GACGUGCAAACACACCCGAACGAGCGAACGAGGCGGCGCCGCGGCGCUUCUUCUUCCUCUUCCUCGAUAACAAACGCAGCCAACCUCCGCUGGAGCCCGCCCGACCUCCGCCUCUCCUACCUUCUCCGGCACAGGAACCGACCGCCAGCCGUCGACCGGUCGGAGGGCUCCGCCUCGUCCAGAUCUGGCCGCUGCUUCCCUCGGCGGCUCGUCGGAUCCUGCUGAAUCUCGCGUCGGCGUCGGCGUCAGCGGAGGGAACUCAGGAGGGGAUCGGUGCUUCGCGUAUUGGGGGGGCCUCGAUGGUCUCCCUCCCCAACGCCGCUCCGACCGUCUCCUCCCCGCGUGGCCCGACGAGGCUCGCGGGCAUGGCCGACGAAGGGACGAGUGCUCUCGCCGGGGCAUGACCGACGCCGGCGUUGGACGGGAAACCUCCGAGCUUGCGAAUUCGAUGCACAGGCUCGGUGAAGAACGGGUUCGACAGGAACUCCACCGGCUGGUUGCCUGGUUGCCGUCCCGGCCUCAACCAAACCAAGCCUAGCCUAGCCUAGCCUGACGCGAGUUCCUCUCGCAUUCGGAAGAAGAGGGGGUGGGGUUCACUGGAGGAAGUUCAUUGGAGUUUAUUGGGGGUAAGGAGAACAGCCUUCCAGCAUCUCGCGUUUCCAGGAUGCUGUCCAGUGAGCUUCCGCAGGAGCUGCAUUUUAUUAAUUUUGUACUUAAAAUGGGGAAGUAUCUAAUGUGCAAAAGGACAACACCGAAACCUACCCAUGGUAAAGAAAUAAGUGAGAAAGGGAAGUCAAAUCUUCAAUUUGAAGACCUCCCGGCAGUAUCUUCUCUUCCCCAUUUUGUGUUCAUAUUGAAUUAUGUACUGGAUUUCUUAACUUGAAGGUAUGUUGUUCUUUCAAUUCAGGAUUUGAUAUGCACAAUUUUAUCAAAAUUGCCUCAGAAAGAGGCAAUAAGGACUAGUGUUUUAUCAAGUAAGUGGAGAUCCAUGUGGACGCUUCGCUCAAAAAUAUCUCUUGAUGGUGGAGCAGUGUGUGGUAGUCGCAGGCGUGGUCAAAAUAAAUAUUGUCAGAGAUUCAUUAAUAAUGUUGAAAAAGUUCUACAGAAUUAUCAAGGAAAGAUGGUGGAAGCAUUUGGAAUUAAGUUUGAAUUUGACAGCAUUCUAGUUGAUAAUCUGAAUAAGUGGGUUAGUUUUGCUGUGUCAGCGAGGACAAAACAUCUAUCUUUUGAUUUAGUGCCUAUUAGAUUUGCUCGUUGUGACGAUCGGUUCAUAUUUCCAUUUGAACUUUUAGACAGUGGAAGCAUUUGCCGUCUACAACAUCUUCAAUUUAGCUUUAUCUCUUUGCAACCACCUUCCUGGUUCGGAGGUUUCCCAAACCUAAGGAAGCUUGAGCUUAAUUUGGUGCAUGUUACAAGAAAGGAACUUGAGAACAUGUUGUGCAACUGUUGCUGUCUUGAGUGGUUGAGCAUGGUCAGAUGCCAUCUGAAGGAUGACCUUAGGGUAGAUCGUCCGAUGUCCCAUUUAGCCUACCUGCUUAUUAGUUGCUGUGUCAUAACCAAGAUAGAGCUCCACGCUACAAAACUCUCUACCUUUAUAUAUGAGGGUGAAUUUGUUCCAAUUGUCCUCAAUCAUACGUCAAAGCUGGUCAAUGCACACAUUUUCAUUUUUGACGCCAUUUUUCACCAUGUUGUUGCUUCCCUUUUCCAUGGCCUUCCAAAUGUCCACAAGCUGACAUUAUGUAUUCCUGAUCUACAACUGGAGAAUCUAUGGUCGUUAGAUAACUCACUGAAGUUUUCCUGUCUCAAACACAUACAAUUGUUUGCGCACAUAUUAUCUCAUGGUUCCGACAAAAUUCUGUACUUAGCUUAUGUCAUGAGGGCUGCACCCUUCGUUGAAAAGGUGGAAGUGCAUUUUGCUAGCGGUCAUAGCCUAUGGUUUGCACAAGAAGGCCCCCUUAGACAUGAACUUGGGCACGAUGAAUACAAAUAUCUGAAGAACCUUUGUGUUACAGGAUUCAAAGGGGCUAGAGGACAACUUGAGUUUCUUUUACAUGUUGUGGAAAAUGCAACUGCACUAGACGUUAUAACUGUGGAUACAACUGAAAGAAUGUUGGAAAGUGACAUUAAGAACGACUAUCUCUGCAGUAUUGCUCGUCAGACUAUCGAACUUCAUAUCCGCGAGGCACUCCCACCGAAGGCGAAGCUCUUUGUUCUUUAGGCUCUGCCAAAAAGUCUUUAAGCAUGCAUUUAGCGGAAUGUAGUGGUGUGCUCCCCCCCACCCUCGAUCCGUAUGAUGUGCCCGGCUAUUCAAAUGCAUGUCUAGGUGAAGAUGUGAGGAUUGGGACAGGGGAUUUCUAGAUUUUUGUGUGUGUGUGUGUGUGUAAAUUCUACUGAAAGGGGAUAAAGUUCGAUUGUUCUGUCGCAGUUUCGGUUUCUGGAUAUAUCUGAUGCUGUCUUUGUGGUUAUAAUGCCUAAUAGCAGAAAACCUGUCUUCUGACAAACUUGAAAAGGUUGUAUAUACGACUGUUUCAGUUGUACAAUCCAGUUUUCUAUUUCCAGUUCUAUUUGGGAAUUCUACUAUCAUGUAUGUGUACUACUGAAUUCAGCAAUAGUAGGUAAAAACAAAUGAACUGCAGUA